AUGUCUGAUUUGCAGGCCACCCAACACCCACCCACCUACCACGACAGUCCCUAUUAUGCCUAUCUCAUACAGACAUACAAGGGAAACGGUGCCGGCGACUGGCAUCGGUGGUUGGUGGCCGCCGCUUGCCGCGAGGACAUGAAGACCUUUUUCCGAGGACUGCAAAAGUAUUCCGCCACCAGCAACGCAACAAUCACCGACGUGAAGCCCGUCAACUUGGCUUGGUGGACUUUUAAAGCACCAGAAGGCUACAACGUGCGGGAGCUUGUCAAGCAGAUUUACCAGUCAUACCCCUCCUGGUACGGAGACAUCGCAGAGCUGAGCGAGAGUCUCGGCAAGAUUGCUGUGACGGUGAUGGAUGAUGCUGGAGGAAGAAACUGGCCCAUCCUUCCUACCCAGAACGUUUCGCUGUACGACUACUGA